AUGUCGCGCGUAAAGCGACAGAAGCUCGACCGUUCCUCCAAUGCAGCGUACAUUGCCAGCCAACCCCUCUUCUCGACGCUGAAGAAUGCGACCACUACUUCACUUCCGGCACAAGAAGCCCACCUUACCACCGCCCGCGACGUCGUCCAGACCCUCCACGUCAAGAUCGCCGACAAUGACAACACCCACAAUGACAUCUCGCGGCACCAGAAAUACAUGGAUUCGGUGGUGAAAGCAUGGGAGAGCGCGGUGGAUUCAUACUGCGAGAUCUUCACAGAGAUGGUCAAGAUCACUGGGCCAGAGCCUAGUGAGGGCCGAGAAGAAGGGAGGAGACAUCUGGAGUUUGUGGCAAUGCUGGAUUCGGUCAAGAAGGCGAAGAGUGUCGUGGAGGAAUUCCGCGGCACGGAGAAUUCUGGAGAGAGCCGGGAAGAUGACCACGAUGAGGGCAGUGGGAUCGAGGUCGCGAGUGAGAAGAAUGCGCAGGGCAAGAGGAAGCUGGCAGACGCUUCGCCGCUGUCAAAUGGGGAGAUCAAGGAAGAGGAGCCUCAGCCCAAACCACAAGAAACAAAACCUGGGCCACCGGAGAAGAAGUCCGAGAUGCAGGCGCAGAAGCCCUCGAUACUCGAUCAGGAUACUCGCUAUGACAAGACAGGUACCAAAGUCCUGUGGCAGAAGCGCGAGCUCAAGGUCCCUUACAAGUCGCUUUCGCCUGCAGAGAUGCGAGCUUGGGACACGAUCAAGCGGUCCGAGAAGAGAAGGAAGGCGAAACAGGCGACACGUGCACGUGGAACGGCUGGAGCCUCGAAUGCUGAGACUCGUUCUCAAUCAGCUACUGCAGCGAAUGGCAACCAGGGCAAUGCGAAUCCUGGAGCACACCGAUCUGCGAGCGUGGGUGUGGCUACGAUCCAAUUCGAAGAUGUCUCGGAGGAAGUCGAGAGACGAUUGAAGGCAAAGGCGGACAAGCGCGCUGCUGAGAAGGCGAAGAAGGGCGAGAAGAAGCGCAAGCGAGAAAGUGAAGGCUCCAAUGUUGCCACCAUAGCGCAAGAGGAAAAUCCGGCUGCGGCGGAUGAGGACAACAUCACCGUCACUCCGAAGCCGCUGAAGAAGAAACCGCGGCGACAUAGCGCUGAGGGCUCCGAGAUUCAAGUGAAUGGGAAUGGUACGACGAAGAAUGAGGCGGACGGUAAGAGCGGGAAGUUACCGAAGCGGAAGCAACACGAGGAGGAAGCUGCUGCUGAAGAGGGGAGCAAGCAGGCGACGAAGAAGCGCAAGAAGGCUAAGAUGUAG